AUGAGAAUGGUAAUAGCCAGAAUCACACCAUAUCAAAAUUAUACCAAGACAUUAGCCCAACGUAACACCAUCAUUACUAGACUAUACAGACUAAACAAGAAUGUCUCAGCAAUCAGAAUAAUGAGUGCAACCAAACAUAUCAACACCAAAACUGUUCAUAUAUCCACAAAUAAAGACUUGAACAAAGUCUUAAAGUUGUAUAUGGAACUUUUUGGAAACAAGACCUGGUGA